AAUUAUAAGGAUCAUCGUUAGCCAAGUUCAGGAUGAAGUUGGGGGACGGUGAUCGCUGACACCACCUCAACUCUUAUCUAAAAAAACUUAAAAAGAUCAUGAUUUUCCUGUAACAGAUCACAAUUUCAUAAUGUUAAUUCGAAGGUUCCAAUUCCAGUAAAUAUUAUAUAUGAGUUGGUUUUAAGGCGAAAUCAAAUCACAAUAUCGCCAUAACGAUAAUUCUAGGGUUUCGAUUCCAGCCCGCUACCCGUUCAUGGUCCUUAUUUCUCUCGAUUCUUUGUGCAAUUGUGUCCUAUGUUUGCGAAACCCGCGAAGUGGAGUUCAACAGGCGGCAAUCCCUCGGUUGAAUACUUGAAUCAACAGCAAACCCCCACUGUAUUCAAAACCCUAACUGCACCCACCGUUUCUCUUCCUCCUGUAUAGUUUUUUUUUUUUUUUUUUCCUCUCGAGUCUCAAAAUUAGCUUUUUAUUGAUGGCGACAACGAUUACAGCGAAUGGGAAUCUUGUUGAGGCCAAAUAUGAUGGUGAAAUCGAUGACAGGGUUAUGGAUGUCGAUGUUGCUGUUGAUGAUCAGGAACGAUGUUGUGUUGGUGUUCAUGUUGACGGUGUACCUUCGUCUUCUUCUUUGCCUUCCCUUCGUACUCUGCCUAUCAAUAACGAAAAACUAGUAGAAACUAAUAUUAUGUCUUCAUGCUCGGCGAAAACAAUUACAAAGAAUGGGAAUCUUGUUGAGGACAAAGAUAAGGGUGAAAUCAACGGCUUGUUGAUGGAUGUUGAUGUCCCUGUUGUUGAUCAGGGACGAUGUCGCGCUGAUGUUAAUGUUGGCGGUCUACCUUCAUCUUUGCCUUCUACUCACACUCUGUCUCGCAAUCACGAAAAAGUAGAACUUAAUAUUAUUUCUUCAUGUAAUGUCGUACGUAGCACGAAGGGACUAGUGGCUGCAGAGAACAAAAACCAGGAACCAAAAAAGGAACGAUAUGCUUCCAUUAAUCGUGAUCGGGGUGAAGAACAGAGUAGAUUUUGUGAAUAUGAAGCAGAGGGGAAGGAGGGUGUUCAGAAAAGAGUUCGGGAAGAUGACAACAAGAACACUGAUACUGCUAUUGAAUCCCCUGAAAAGAAGAAUAAACAACUUCACAAGCUGUGUGUUUCUACAAAAGAAGAAAGGAAGAUGACGAGUGGUGUUGUGAAGUCAAGUGAUGAUGAUAACAAGUCCCCAGAAGAAACAGAAGAAGUUAUGGUUGAUGCUCAGAUUGUUCUUGCUGCUCCUGAUCGAGAGGAAAAUGUUACCACCGAAAUAGUAAACAACAAAGAGGACAAUAAAGAGAGUGGGAGAUCUAAAAGAAGUACUAGGAAUGAUGAUAUUAAUUAUGCUCAGAUUUUUAAUUAUGAUGCUCUUGAAGAGGAUGCACGGAAGAAGAAACACCUGCAAUCGGUUUCAAAGAAAGAAAAGAUGAGUGUAGAGAAACAAUACAAGAGAAUACAGAAGAAACACCAGCUGUCUGCUUCUAGGAAAGAAAGUACGAGUGAAGGGGAACAAGAUAAGAGAAACCAGAUGAAACAACAGUCCAAGAAAGAAAAGAUGGAUGAAGAGCAACAUGAUAAGAGAAUCCAGAAGAAACAACAGCUUCCUACAUCUAAGAUAGAAAAGAUGGAUGAAGAGGAAAAAGAUAAGAGAAUCCAGAAGAAACAACAGCUUCCUACAUCUAAGAUAGAAAAGAUGGAUGAAGAGGAAAAAGAUGAGAGAAUCCAGAAGAAACAACAGCUUCCUACAUCUAAGAUAGAAAAGAUGGAUGAAGAGGAAAAAGAUAAGAGAAUCCAGAGGAAACAACAGCAUCCUUCUUCUAAGAAAGAAAAGAUGGAUGUAGAGGAAAAAGAUAAGAGAAUCCAGAAGAAACAACAACUUCCUACAUCUAAGAUAGAAAAGAUGGAUGAAGAGGAAAAAGAUAAGAGAAUCCAAAGGAAACAACAGCUUCCUUCUUCCAAGAAAGAAAAGAUGGAUGAAGAGGAACAAAAUAAGAGAAUCCAGAGGAAACAACUUCCUGCUUCUAAGAUAGAAAAGAUGGAUGAAGAGGAACAUGAUAAAAAAAUCCAGAAGAAACAACAGCUUCCUGCUCGGACGAAACAACCGCAGUUGACUCCAAAGAAAGAAAAGAUUGGUGAAGAGGAACAAGAUAAGAGAAGCCAGAAAGCUUCCAGCUCAAGCAGGAAAGAAGAUGACCCAAAGCCAAAGCUGUAUGCCAAGAAUUGGGGUCUAGAUGAAAAUGGAAAACGAGUUAAGGUAGUGUCUGACAUGUGCCAUCAGUGCCAAAGGAAUGACAAGGGCCGAGUUGUUCGAUGCCAAAAAUGUACUACAAAACGUUACUGUGUGCCUUGCAUGACCACAUGGUACCCUAACAUGACAGAGAAGAUGUUUGCUGAGCGUUGUCCUGUUUGCUGUGACAAUUGCAACUGUAAACGUUGUUUGCGUGAUGUGCAUCCUAAAGUCAAAGAGAAGAUUGAUUUUAAACCUAAUAAUGUUCAGAGAGUUCGAUAUUCUGUUUAUAUCCUACAUGUGCUUUUUCCAUUCUUGAAGCGUCUCAACAAGGAGUUCAUGAAGGAGAGAGCAAUGGAGUCUAAGAUUCAAGGGUGUUCUUUGUCAGAGGUACAUUUGAAGAAGGCAAAGUGCAGUCCAGAUGAGCGCAUGUACUGUGACUGCUGUAAAACAUCAAUUUUUGACUUGCAUAGAAGCUGCCCUUCUUGUCAAUAUGACCUCUGCCUUCAAUGUUGCUGGGAAUUGCGAGAUGGCAACCUUCAAGGAAACAAGGAAAAAUUUAUCAUUGAAUUUAAAGAUCCAGGUCCUGAUUACUUACAUGGGGGGAAGGAUGAGUAUGAUGAGCGUAAGCAAAACAGGGAAACAAGGAAUACAGCCUGUUAUGUUGAGAAUGCUGCACCAAAGGAAAAGCAAAGUCAUGAAUGGAAGUCUUUGGAUGAUGGCAGAAUUCCUUGUCCUCCAGAAAGUAUGGGCGGUUGUGGUCGUGGGAUUUUAGAGUUGAUGCGCAUAAAGCCACUUGACAGUGUUUCAAAGUUGUUGGAGAAAACACAAAAACUCUUAAAGAUGCACAAACUGAAGGAAGAUAUGCGUGAGAUGCCUGAGGAAUGGUGCUCUUGUUCAGAUUUCAUUAACAAAAGCGAUGGUCAGUUACGAAAAGCUGCAUCUCGUGAAGAUUCAAAUGACAAUUACUUGUAUUGUCCACGUGCUAUUGACAUUAAAACUGGAGAUUUGAAGCAUUUUCAGUGGCAUUGGUCAAAAGGGGAGCCAGUAAUAGUGAGUAAUGUUCUAGAAACUACACUUGGGUUGAGUUGGGAACCCAUGGUCAUGUGGCGUGCUUUUCGCCAGAUGACAAAUACCAAACAUGAUAAGCUCUUGGAUGUGUCUGCUCUCAAUUGCUUAGAUUGGUGUGAGGUUGAUAUAAAUGUUCGUAACUUUUUUAAAUGGUAUACAGAAGGUCAAUAUGAUGAAGUUGGUUGGCCUAAGAUCCUAAAGUUGAAAGACUGGCCUCCAUCAAGUUUAUUUGAAGAACGGUUGCCACGUCAUGGUGUUGAGUUUAUCACUUGCUUACCCUUUAAAGAGUACACACAUCCAUGUGAUGGCUACCUUAAUCUUGCAGUGAAGUUGCCUAAAGAAUCUUGUAAGCCAGACAUGGGUCCUAAAACCUACAUAGCUUAUGGUGUUCAUCAAGAAUUGGGACGUGGGGACUCUGUAACUAAACUUCAUUGUGACAUGUCUGAUGCGGUGAAUGUGUUGACUCAUACUGCAACUGUGACCCCCAACUCUGAACAUCGUAAUUCGAUAGAACGUCUGAAAAGGCAGCACAAAGCUCAGGAUCAGAGGGAACUUUUUGGACAGGUAGGGAAGACACAACGUGAUGUUGAUAACAUGAAGGAUUUUACUUCCCAAAAAGGGACACUGGGUAAUGAUUGUCUUGAAUCUAAAGUUGAAAGAAAAUUGUGUGAUGACAAUGUUGAAGAAACAAGCGGCCAUGUUUACACUAGACGCAAGUUUAAAAGUGUGAAUGGAACAGGUCCUUGUUAUGUAACAACUAACUGUGAUCAAUCAAGUGAUUCUGACAGGGAUAGAAAACUUAGGAGGAGAAAUGCUUCCAUUAAAAAAGUUGAAGGACAAAAUGGAAAUAAAGGAUCUAAAAGGAAAGGCAGGAAACAAGUGAUAUCUUCUGAUAGUGAAGAAGGUGAUAACCAGGAUGUUAUAUCAGGUAGAUGUGUGGAUGGAUUUGAUUUGGGAGAUGGAGGUGCUCUGUGGGACAUAUUUCGGAGGGAAGAUUCGCCUAAACUGGAGAAAUAUCUCAGAAAACAUUUUAAAGAGUUUAGGCAUAUCUUUUGUCGCCCAGUGGAGCAGGUUAUCCACCCAAUUCAUGAUCAAACAUUUUACUUAACCAUGGAACAUAAAAGGAAGCUCAAAGAAGAAUUUGGAAUUGAACCAUGGACUUUUGUCCAAAAGCUUGGAGAUGCUGUUUUUAUACCUGCUGGAUGUGCUCAUCAAGUUAGAAAUUUGAAGGACUUGCACUUGGGAAGGGCGAUUGGCAAUGUUAAAGUCUGGAAAUUUCUUGUGUUUGGAGAUAAAAUUUAUGGAAAAGCUCUGAGGGACUUGAUUAGUGCAAUUGGCACUUCCAACCAAAAUAAAGAUGAGAUUCAUCUUUGGCAACUCAAUUAGUGCAAUUUGCAACUUCAUGCCCCAUUUAACCAUACAAAAGAUCCCAUCCAUUCAAAGUGAUUCAUAGCGAUGUGGGUCAUCUGGAGGAGGGAGUCAUUCCCUUCCAACCCGCUGAACCCGCUGCCAAAUCGGUUUUUCUCUUUCAUUUUUCUUCAUCUUUUCCAACCCACGACAUGCGGAAAUUCUAUCUUUUUCAACCCAUUCAAUUAAAAAAAAUACAAAACAAUCAAGGUAAAAUCUUAAUUAGCAAUAGAGUUACUGUCGGUACCACUCCCUCUUUAGCAGGUUGUUUAAUUGGUUUCAUUAAGCCACUUCAUCCUCUCUUUACUUUCUCUCUCAUUUUCUCUUGUACCAUGUGUUUUAAAACUUGUAUUUUAGUUGUUUUGUAUUUUUUUUAAUUGAGUGGGUUGAGAAAGAUAGGAUUUCUAUGUGUUGUGGGUUGGGAAAGAUAAAGAAAAAGAAGAGACAAAAAUUAAUGUGACAGUGGGUUCAGUGGGUUGGGAGGGAAUGAUUCUCCUCCCUUAUAAAAGAUCAUUUCAUGGUCUAGAUGGUUUGUUACCUUGAUAACCAACAUGAUUUAUUUCCCAAAGUAAUUUUCUAGCCGUCUGUUUUGUAAGUUUUUUAACCAUUUUCCUUUUGAAAUCGGGGUUUUUUUUUUAAAAAAAAUCUUUUUUUGAAGUGCAAAUUUAAUCUACUUCUAAACUACUUCUGAAUCCAUCUAUCUCCCAGACGGGACUUAAACCCUCUACCUCAAAGAGAUCAGCUUCACGUUGAUGUUGACAAGAUUUUUCUAUGACUUUCGUGUCGGGUUUCGUGUUGUGUCAAUUUUUGCCACCUCUAUAUCUAUCGGAUUUCAACAACAAUGACAAUAUUUAGCCCUCUGUUCAAGCAGUUUUUUACCAUUUUACACUCAGUCAGUUUCUGACUUCCAAAUAUGAAAUAAAUUACUCUUGCAUCUUUCAAAUGGCACCGACCUCAUGUUGAUAAGAUUUUUCUAUGAUUUUAUAAGAUUUUUACAAUACAACAUCUAUUGGAUUUUUUACAAUUCACUCGAAAUCAAUUUUCUAAAAUAGAAAAAAAGUAGACACUUGUAUCUUUCAAAUGGCACUGACCUCAUUUAUGUUCAUUGGAUUUUUUUAAUGAUUUUAUACGAUUUUUACAACAUAGCAUAGUACACGAUUCUAUGUCCAAUCCUAAAUUCGAUCCGGUUUUUUCAGUGGAACCGGGAAAACCAAAAUCCUAGAACCGUGAACCGUCUUGUAUGCUAAAAAACCGGCCCGGUAUUGUUCCGAUUUGUUCUGAUCUAGGUCUGAUCUAAACGGUUCAUAUGCUCAUGCCUAACUAGCACACUGCCUCCAACUUCCAUGCUUAUUAUGACUUGGAUAAUAAAUGAAUUAUCGAAAAUAAUAAAUGCACGGGAGUUGUAGAUAAUUGUGUCUUCUUUUUAGAUCAUUUUCAUUUACUUUACCGCUUUGUUCUCGAGUUCUACUUAAGGAGGGAUAUGGAGGGAGUGAGGAAUGUCAAUGGAUUAAUCGAUGGAAGGAAAGUGAGGGAAAGGAAAGGAUUUUGGAGCCAUAUUUUCUUUCCAAAUUUUCCUCCCAAAUUGGGAGGAUUUUGGAAGAAAGUGAGGGGAAGGAAAAUUUUAGUUUUAUUUUCUUUUUCCUCCUAACUCAAAAACUUAAAAUUUUUCAUUCAUUUCCUUCGAACUCGGGAACACGGAAUAAGGAAAUUUUUUCUUCCCCUCUCUUUCUUUCUGUCAAUGUUUACCUUCCCUUUCCUUUAUUGAAUUUACAAAAAACUCAGGAACAAGACGUAAUCGAAGCUAUGGGGAGUGGGAUAUGAUUAAAAUACUCCAACAAGGUCAAUCUGUCCAACAUCGACUAUGACUCUUUAUUUGUAUGUGUUGCUUUUGGAAUUUCAUCAUUCUUUGUCUAAUUUGUAAUGGCCGAUGAUGGAUCAAAGUACAUUGUUGUGUGGUGUGAUUUGAACCGUAGUUUUACAGUUAAACCCCACAAAAUGCACCACAUAGUGUAGUUUAAGAAAAUUACAAACUACAAACUGCACCACAAAAGUUUUAAACCUCGUGUGGUUUGUAUGGUUUGCUAAGCAACUCUACCCUCUAGGAAAAGAUCAUCCACAUAUACUCUAUAACAAAAUGGUGUUGGUGUUGCUUAGAGACAAGAAAAACAAAUAUUUUUUUUGAAGUCACAUGCUCACAUCUUUUAAUUACCAAAAAUUAAUUUGCAAUUUUGGGGGAUGUCAUAUUAUUUGCAACUUAUGUUGUCAAUUGUUCGCCAACUAGGACUCUUAAAAAUUUUAAGCCUCUCACCAAUCACUAAUGAGCACAUAUCCUACCAUUAGGUGCUUAUUGAAUGUACCUCUCAAGGUCUUUAGGUGUGCCACCUAUAUCUGCCCUUCAACACAAACUACAAACUUUUUAGAUCUCUUAUGUCUCUCUAUGUUAUUCAUGUGACCAUAGUGUAUAUACUUCCUACUCUCCCAUUCCUUUUUUUACAAGUUUGUGAAUGUUACAUUCUAUGAAGGAUCAUAUUUGUUCUCAAACCAUGUCUACCCAAUGCCAACCAAUUAACCAGAACACAUUUUGUGAGGAAUGCUCUUAUUCAUUGCCUAAAUGCUCUUGAAAUCUUCAUAGAGAUGCACAACAGGUGAAUAAAUUCAGGUAAGGAUCUUGUUUCUGUGGGUGUUAUUUGCUAUAAGUGCCAAUCUAAAAUCUCUCUUAAAAAAGACAAUCACUUUGUUGCCAACAACUGCACUGGAAGAGCUUAACACAAAAUCAAAACAUUUUCCAUAACGUCCUACAGACAUGGCAAUGUUAGUGCAAUUGCCAUGCUGUCUUUUUGCAGAGAAGAAUAGCCUGGGAACAUUGCUUGCAUCUGUGACCUUUUCACAGGGAAAAAUGUCCGAUUCUGGAAAAUCAGUCAACUACCACAAACACGGAAUCCACUCUGAUAUUGAAAGUGAAACACCAUAGUAGUUAGAAUAAAAAAUGAGCUAAUUGCAACCUACGAAUUCAACAUCUGAUGUACUUGAAUUCUUCCUUGUCAUCUUUGAGCUUUUCAUUAUCGUCUCUAUGAUGCUCCCUUGUCUUCCUA